AUGAAGCAUGGCGUAGCAUUUCGGAAACUUUCGCGGACUUCGUCUCAUAGAAUGCUCAUGCUACGCAGGAACAUGGUCACAUCCCUCAUAGAGCAUGAACAAAUCAAGACGACUCUUCCAAAGGCUAAGGAGGCUGCAAGACUCGCAGAAAAACUUAUUACACUUGGCAAGAAAGGCGAUCUACCAGCGGCUCGAAAAGCUCAAGGUUUCUUGCUUGAACACACCUUAAUUCCCAAGGUGUUUGGUGCUCUGGCACACAGGUAUGCAAAUCGCCCAGGAGGAUACACACGUAUCCACAAAUUCGGCAACCGAAAAGGCGACAAUGCUCCUCAUGCGAUUCUGGAGCUCGUCGACAACCCGCGGGACCUGCGAUUUGAAAUGACCGCCCGAGCAAUAGGCUGGGAGCUCCUUGGAAACUCACUUUCUCGGGGCUCGGAGCAUGUUGUCACCAAUGGUAUCGAAGGUGUCGAAAAAGUCAUCAAACACGAAAAAGCUGCUGUGAAACCCGGUUUUCUGCACGAGGGGAUUGGUGGUCGAUUACGGCGAGUCACACAGGAAAACUUGAGGAAAGUGCUUCGAUACCGGCCAAGUACAGGAAUGAGAGAGCUAAGUGCAAAAGCCGAGGAGCACAUUGUUCGUACUUUAAAUGCCAUCUUUAUCUUGACCUCGUUGCAUUGA